GUACCACAUUCUGUACUUUUGCGACCCUCAAUCAGCUAUUUGCUCUGUUACAGCCUUACAGCUGCGAUUUUUAUCGGCCUGCCCCUCCCUCUCCCUCUCUCUCUCUCUCUCUCUAUCGUUCUCGAUCUUCACGGCCCUGGCUUCUUUUGGAUCUCCCUCUCACAAAAAAUAGGGUUUACAGCUCAAAUCACCUCUCUCUCUCUCUCUGCUCCCUCGAAUCUAGAGCUCUCCGCGUCUUUUUCUCACCUAGAUUCCUCCCGCUUCUAGGGUUUACAGAUCUGCGCAGCUCUUGCUUCGGGCUCUGCUGAAUCUCUCUCUCUUCGACAUGUUCUGGAAGCUCACAGCUCUUUCUGCCUCCUCACCUGUGGAGUCAUUAUUAGACAAGGAGAAUUUCACUUUAGAAGAGCUUCUGGAUGAAGAAGAAAUAAUUCAAGAAUGCAAAGCAUUAAAUAGUCGUCUCAUUAACUUUCUACGGGAUAGAGCUCAGGUGGAGCAGUUAUUGCGCUAUAUCAUUGAAGAACCCCCAGAGGAAGCUGAAAGCAAACGAGCAUUCAAGUUUCCAUUCAUUGCCUGUGAGAUUUUCACAUGUGAAAUUGAUGUUAUUUUGAAGACUUUGGUGGAGGAAGAGGAGCUGAUGAACUUCCUCUUCUCCUUUUUGGAACCAAAUCGUCCUCAUGGUACCUUGCUGGCUGGGUAUUUUAGCAAGGUUGUUGUGUGCCUUAUGAUACGGAAGACGGUCCAACUUAUGAAUUAUGUUCAAGCACAUCAGGAUGUUUUUCGCCACCUUGUUGAUUUGAUAGGAAUUACAUCUAUCAUGGAGGUUUUGGUUCGACUUGUAGGUGCCGAUGACCAUGUGUAUCCCAAUUAUCUAGAAGUAAUGCAAUGGUUGGCUGAGAGCAAUCUGCUAGAAAUGAUUGUGGAUAAACUGAGUCCAUCAAGUCCUCCUGAGGUUCAUGCUAAUGUGGCUGAAACACUAUGUGCUAUAACUCGAAAUUCCUCAUCGGCCCUAGCCACCAAACUUUCUAGCCCCAGCUUUGUUGCAAGGAUAUUCGGUCAUGCAUUGGAAGAUUCACAUUCGAAAUCUUGCCUUGUUCACUCGCUCUCUGUCUGUAUUUCUUUGUUGGACCCAAAAAGAUCAGCAGUACCUUCUCCCAUGUUCCAUUCUUUUCGAAGCCAACAUAUGUAUGAACCUCCAAUAUCUGUUAACCCUGAGACAAUUGGUGCAAUGCUUCCCAAACUUGGUGACUUGCUUACACUUCUGAAUGUGUCAUCUGAUGAGAAGAUACUGCCUACAACAUAUGGAGAAUUGAGGCCUCCUCUUGGGAAGCAUCGUCUAAAGAUUGUGGAGUUCGUUGCAGUGCUAUUGAAAACUGCCAAUGAUGCUGCCGAGGAUGAAUUGGUCAGCUCGGGAACCAUUCGACGAAUCAUUGAUCUUUUCUUUGAGUACCCAUACAAUAACUCGUUGCAUCACCAUGUGGAGAGUAUCAUAUUGUCAUGUUUGGAAAGCAAGAGUGAUACUAUGGUCAAUCACCUUCUUCGAGAGUGCGAUUUGAUUGGGAAGAUUCUUCAAACAGAUAAACAUCCCAUUCUUUCUAGUGACGUUAAUCAGCCAACAAUGCCUACUGGAAAACGGGCACCUCGGGCAGGAAAUCUUGGACAUAUUACGCGAGUUUCUAACAAGCUUGUUCAGUUGGGAAAUGGUCAAAGCCGCAUUCAGGCUUGUCUUCAGGAAAAUACUGAAUGGAAUGAGUGGCAAGCUACAGUUCUGCAGGAGCGCAAUGCUGUUGAAAACGUCUACAGAUGGGCUUGUGGCCGUCCAACUGCAUUGCAAGAUAGGAUAAGGGAUAGUGAUGAUGAUGAUCUUCAUGAUAGAGAUUAUGAUGUAGCAGCUCUAGCGAAUAAUUUGAGCCAGGCCUUCCGCUACAAAAUCUAUGGGAAUGAAGAUGCUGAAGAGGACCAUGGGGCUCUUGAUCGUGAUGAUGAGGAUGUCUACUUUGAUGAUGAAUCUGCUGAAGUUGUAAUAUCAUCCUUGAGGCUAGGUGAUGAUCAAGGGAGUAGUCUAUUCACGAAUUCCAACUGGUUUGCAUUCCAAGACGACAGAAUUGGUAACGCACCUGUGAGUACAUCAGAGAUGAUGGAUGAGAUAAACUUAAAUGGAACUGCAAAUGGUGGCAACAGCAGUAGUGACGAUGAAGUUGUGGUUGGCGAGGAUGAGGAGUUGGCUGAAAGCAAAGAUUCUGUCAAUGGCACAUCUAGUUCCAAUGGUAACUUCCUGAAUGGGUUUACUGUAAGCGGUUCUGUGAAUGGUGGAAUUCUGAACAAGGAAAGCGAGAAGGCAAGUGCUUCCCAUGAUAUGGGAUUCUUCAGGUUUGAGACACCCGACAACGAGUUGUUUGGAGAUAGGCCUUUACCUGAUUGGGUGGGAUGGAGCGAUUCAUCAGAUCUGCAAGUUGGCGGUUCAAGUGUCAAUCCGUUCGAGGAUCACACCAAUUCUGAUGUGAAUCCUCGAGCUCAAUUAGUGACUUCUAAUGCUAGUUCUCCUUCAAGUGGAGAAUCUAUAGUUGCAAAUGGCUCGCCAACAACCACUACAGCUUCAAAUGAGGAUUCAGAAGGUAGUGAUUCAAGUCAGAGAACUGCUGCUGUACCGUCAUUGUUUGAGGAGGAUGUUGAGUUUGUAGGUGUCGAAUUAGAAGGUACCGAGAAGGCUAUGGAACAGGCUCUUAAGGAGGGGAUAGUUGGGGAAGCAGGGCCAUUGAAGAGAAACAUUAUACAAAAGGUGCCAGAGAAGGAGGAGAAUUCUGACGUGGACGGACCUGGAAUGAAGGAGUUCAAUGAUGCUAAUUAUUGGAGGGUUGAUCAAGAGGUUGCUGUUUUAGAGUGAUUGUGGGUCAGUUGGAUCUGACAGCGGCGGACCCCAAAUUUGGUUGGGGAAGGGGCCUAUGCACCAAAAAGUUUGUACAGUAUAAUUUUGUUUCCAUAUGGGGAUUGGAUGGUAGGACGUGUCAUGGUUAUUGUUAUUAGUUAUUUGUUACUGUCGUUCUCGUUUAUCAUUCGAGGUUUUGUUUCCUUUUGAUACUGAUUUAUGGGGUUUCCCAGAUCCAUCAUAAUCAUAUUUAUUCUUGCAAGAAA